AUUUCGUUUUUAUAAAGAUGGCGCCAGCCUUGGAUGGCGUAUGGGGCAAGCCGACAUCUACUCUCGAUUGGUGCGAGCGGAAUUAUGAAGUGACGGCGUACAUUGCAGAGUUCUGGAACACGGUGAGCAACCUUGCCAUGAUAGUGCCCCCGGCGUACGGAGCCAUCCAAGCGUGGAGAAAGAACCUGGAAACUCGGCUCGUGCUGUGUUACGGAUUCUUGCUGGUUGUUGGCAUCGGAUCGUGGUGUUUUCAUAUGACACUCUGGUUCGAGAUGCAGCUUCUAGACGAACUGCCCAUGGUUUGGGGAACCUUAAUACUCGUCUACACCCUGGCCGAAGUAUCCAAGCCAGCGCAUACGAACAACUACUACUUAAUGGCAGGCCUCAUACUUUAUGGUACUGUCAUCACCGCUGUUUACCUGACAAUCAAAGUUCCCGUGUUUCACCAGGUCGCUUACGGGUUCCUGGUGGCCGUGACAUUCUUCAUGAGUCUUAGGCUAGCAUGGCAGCAGUAUUUUGAGGUGUGGCUGUUUGCUGCGGCCACCCUCUUGUACCUGACAGGGUUCCUCGUCUGGAACGUGGACAACAGCUUCUGUGCAGAGCUGAGCUCUACCCGGGCCAGUCUACCGCCCCUGGUGGUGCCCUUCUCGCAGUUCCACGCACUCUGGCACUGCUUUGCCGGCUAUGGUGCCUACAUCAGCAUACUCUACUGUUGUCAAGCCCGGCUGUCUCAUUUGAAACAAGAGUGCCGAAUGAAGCUUGGACCUGUGGGCCUAGAAAUCCAAGUUGGCAAGAGCAGGAGACCUUCAAGACCAAAGUCCCAAUGAUGGCCGAGCUGUUCUUUCCUGCGCCAAAAUGUGGACGACCAGACCCCGAGUUCAUACGCUAGCUGUGACGAACGGGUGUUGGCCCGUGCGAUGGCAUUUCGUUUCCCGCACGUGGAACUUAAAAGUGCGGCAUAUACUCCCACACUGCCCGUUUUUGGUGCAGUGUCGCUACAAACGCCUUAGAAUUGUAUACUUCAUGCCUCUUUUAAAAUGUUGACCUUUUGUAAUCGCUCGUUUCAUCUCGUUUGCUAAGCUACCACUGGAACACUGAGGUUAGCCUGGACGCCGUAUCACUUUGUUUCUCCUUAGGAGGUACGGCGGCAAAGGCCACAAGCAGCAGCUUUUUGCUCAGGUACACGGCUUGACUGCGCAUAUUCUUGCGCAGCAGGAGCAACUGCCAAAACUAGGAGCUCUGGCUUCUAAUCUGCGCUGCGGUACAUUUUAAGGUGAAAUGGAGCAUAGGAGAGGCUGAUUCUGCUCGUAGUGAAACUUCCUGAAGGUGAUCUCACUGUCACGUGGGCCAUUAGUCUAGCAACAUCCGCGGAUGACAGCUCUACGACGGCAUCUGCAUUUUCGCAGAAAAAUGGAACAUGCUGUACCGAGUA